CUGCGACACAAGCAUCCAAAGCCUCCGCCGCCUCUGUUGCGUCAGCAGCGACACAAGCAUCGCAAAGCCUCCGCCGCUUCAGUUGCGUCUACACAAGCUGCAUCGUCAGCGUCAAUUGCAUCUGCUGCAAGCGCGUCGUCAGCAUCCAUUGCGUCUGAUGUUUCCGCGACCGCAUCGUUGGCUUCCGUCGUUGCUGCUGCAUCUUCAGCCUCUCGGGCGUCCGCAUCUGUAGCCUCUGCUGCUUCUGCUGCUUCUGCCCCCUCAGCCUCUGCCGCGUCAACCGCAUCGGCAUCUGCUGCUUCUGUUGCAUCUUCCAUUGCACAGUUCGGCGCUGGAUCCCAAGACUCAUCCUCGUCGGCGGCUGUCAUCGCUGCUGUCGUUGCGUCCGUGGCAGUCAUUGCGCUCAUUGCAGUGGUCUUUAUCGUGUUGCGGCGCCGGCGCUCGCAACGCUCUGUCAUACGACCGAAGGACUCUGCCGGUCCCGUCAUCGAUCAGACGACAAUUGAAAUGACAAUGUCUCCUCUGGUCCAUUCGAGUGAAUCUCGCAUCGAGGAUGACGGCUCAACCUCCUCCAAGCCCAGCCAAAAGCUGCAACCAGAAUCGCAGAACGCUGCCAGUCCCAUCUACCAGGAGGCUGAUGAAGUGACAACUUCCCCUCAAAACCAUUCGGCUGGAGCACGCGACAAAGCGGACAUUCCAUCCCCAGCGGCGAUCGGUCAACAACAGUCGUAUCAAGCUGUCCCGACCGCCCCGCCAGAAGAGGUGGUUUACGAUUAUGCGAGCGCGUAUGUUGCCGGCAGCAAUUCUCGUCGCGUUCGCGAAAGCUUGACCAUUGGGAAGCACCUUGCCAGUGGUGAAUUUGGCGAUGUGUCACUGGGUCAGGUGCCUUUCAACGUGUUGCCCACAAGAGCUCAAACCUUGCUCGGACCUACAGCGUCGCCAACCAUGCUGGUUGCAGUCAAGUCUUCCAAGGCCGACGCUGACGAGAAAUCUCGCCAAGACUUUGAGGCUGAGGCGAAAUUGAUGGCUCCGUUUGUACAUCCGAAUGUCGUGCGGUUGCUUGCGGCUCUGGUCGAGUCAGAGCCCCAUCUCGUUCUGCUAGAGUUUGUGCAGUACGGCGAUUUGCGCACGCUGCUGCAAAAGUCCAAGCUGUAUUCGCUUUGGUGGACGCACAACGAGCAGGUGCAUGCCAUUCGCCAGAUUGCUCUCGGGAUGGAGUACUUGGGCACGCUGAACUUUGUGCACCGAGAUCUUGCCGCGCGCAACUGCCUUGUGGGGCAAGGAAUGGUGGUCAAGAUUGCCGAUUUCGGGCUUUCCCGCGAAUUGACGGAUGAGCAAGAUUACUAUCGCAUGCAAACGCGAGGAAAACUUCCCGUGAAGUGGAUGGCACCGGAAACAAUGACCUUCCGCAAGUUCUCGUCCAUGUCGGAUGUGUGGUCGUUUGGUGUGACUGCCUGGGAAUGCUCUAGUUACGGCGCAAUGCCGUACGGCAAGAUGAAUGGCGCUGAGGCACUGGCUCAUCUGGAGGCUGGUGGUCGACUACCCAGGCCGGAGCACUGCUCAACUGACCUGUUUAGCUUGAUGUUUAGUUGCUGGAACUCCAUCCCAGAACUACGCCCAAGCUUUACGCAGCUCGUCAAAGCUCUGAAAAACUUUGACGAUGGAACAGCGAUCCGCGAGAUCGGGGCUCUGCUGUGA